AUGCUUUGUGACGGAGACUCCCGUUUUUGGUCCGUAUGUAUUAAAACCUCUAGAAUUUAACUAGUUCUUCACUUUACCUAUGUCAGUGCAAAAGUUACCAAAUAAUAUGCGUACAGUUUUGUUUGCUUUUGUGUUGCUGGCAACCACAGCGGCAAAAGACGAAAAUGAGUUUGAAAUGUGUGUGUCCUUCGCGAAAAAAUUCUUCAAGAACCAUAUAUGCAAACAGCAGGACUUAGCAGCAUAUUGUAUGCGACUUGAAGCUCCAACUAGGAUUACGAGAUCUCUUGACAAAUGCUACAAAGAGCUUCAAUUAGAUCCUAUAGAUACCAGAAACACAGUUACUCAGCUUUGCUCGUCUGAAGAACUGCAAGAGAAGGCAUCUGAUUGUGUUUGCCAGUGCUUGGUGAAAUUAAUGUAUGAGGAUUAUUCGUACGAAGAGGAAACUGGAAGCUUCUCAAAUGAAUACGAUCCGUCGAAGAAUGAAAAUAUUGAACCUGAACCUUUCAAUAAAACGAUUAUGCACUGUUUUAGUUAUCUGGAAGAAAUACAGGCCAAGAGUUAGAUGGAAGAGCGUUGACUUUCAGGCAGCAAAUUCAACGAUGUACAGCUAUCUGUUAGUAAAUUGUAUUUACCACACAUUACCAUAUUUGAAACUUUAUGAGAAAAGGUAGUAUGUAAGAGCCUGAAGAGGAUAUGCACGGGUUCUGGUUUUGAUAUUUAUAAUGUAAUUAGCAGACUAUUAAAUAUGAAAACUUUUCGAUGA